GAUGCGGCAGCUAGCAGCUAGCGGUAGCAGCGGCUAGCAGUAACGGCAGCGGGAUACGUCCACGGACCGGGGCCAUCCAUUCGGGGGGCUUGUGUCCGUGCUCUUUGGCCCGAGGAGGGUACGUGCGUGCGUUGGAAUCCAGUCGCGGGCCAGAUUGGACGGUUUGGUGGGCCAGAUUUGGCCAGCGGGCCGCCAGUUGCUGACCACUGGUGUAGACCAAGUGGGGGGGUGAGCUAUGUGACCAAGCUGGAUUUGUUGGAAGGUUUCUAGCAGGUGCCGCUUACAGCGCGGGCAAAAAAGAUAGCAGUGUUUGUCACACCGAAUGGACUGUACUCGUACAGUGUCAUGCCUUUUGGGUUACGGAAUGCACCGGCGACUUUGCAGUGCUUGAUGAAUGGAGUUGUUGGGGGUCUAGACGGUUGCGCCGUCUACUUUGAUGACUUGGUCGUGUAUUCUAAUACAUGGGAAGAGCACCUGUCUCGUGUGCAAGCUGUUUUUGUCCUCUUAGCGGAAGCUCGGCUAACCAUAAAUCUAGCAAAGUGUGAGUUUGCUAAAGCCACUGUCGUCUAUCUGGGUCGUGUUGUUGGUCACGGUGCUGUUCGGCCAGUGAGGGCAAAGGUUGAAGUGCUAGAUAAGUUCCCACAGCCCAAGAGUAAGAAAGAUCUGAUGCGUUUUCUCGGGAUGGUGGGUUACUAACUGCCGUUGCACCUCUGACAGACCUGCUGAAAGCCAACGCUAUGUGUGGUCGCCUGUGGCUCUGAAAGCUUUCGAGCGGGUCAAAGGACUAGUUUCUAAUGCUGCUGUUUUGGCAGCCCUCAGUGGGACAGGGAGUUUAGGUCGGAGCUGCAGGCAGAAGAGGCAGGGCGUAACAGACCAGUGUGCUUCUUUUCUAGGAAGUUCAGUCGUCAGCUGAACUAUUCUGUCAUUGAGACGGAGACACCGGAACUCGUGUGGGCCUGCACCACCUUGACGUCAAUGUGGGGGGUGGCCCGGCGGUGGAGGGCUUUCUGAAGCAGGACUGUAGGAACCAAGCUGCUGUCAGUGGUUUACUGUAUACAGGUGAUGAACAGAUGUGCAGCAGCAGCAGCAGAGCAGGAGCUGCACCCUGGAGCCCAUGGGGGCCCUGGAGCUUCGUCCUAUCAAACAGGAGCAGGAGGAGGUGUGGGGCGGUCCGGACGGAGGUCCGGCGCACCAGGUGGAGGUCACUGAGUUCGCCUUCACCCCGGUCCCCGUGAAGAGUGAAGACGAAGACAAACCCGAACCGUUUCAGCUUCACCUCAGCACCGUCUCUGGAGAGGGACCCCGUGGUGGACCGCCGGGACCACCUGAUGUACCGCCGGGACCUCACAGCGGACCACCGGGACCCGGUUCUGGAGCGGAGUCCCAGGCCGGUGUGGCAGACUGGAGGUCUGCCUUGGACGGUGAAGCGUCCGGUGAUUCCUUCAAUCUGUGCAAAUCGUUCCGCUGCACCGAGUGCGGGAAGAGGUUCGGGUUCCAGGGCCAGCUAAGGGCCCACAUGAGGGCUCACACAGGCGAAAAGCCCUUCAGGUGUCCGGUGUGCAGGAAGUGCUUCUCCUGGAGCGGCCGUCUGCAGAAACACAUGCGGAUCCACACCGGCGAGAAGCCCUUCACCUGCUCUGUCUGCGGCAAGACCUUCAGCGAGAGCGGCAACCUGAAGGUGCACCUGAGGAUCCACACCGGCGAGAAGCCCUUCACCUGCUCCGUCUGCGGCAAGAGCUACACCCAGAGGGGGAACCUGAAGCAGCACAUGCUGCGCCACCGCGCCGGCGCCGACGCCGCCUUCAGCUGCACCGUGUGUCACCAGAGGUUCCCCCGGGUCCUCCAGCUCCACCGUCACCGGUGUGAACCCUCCACGCGGACCCCGGAGAUGGGACCGGAACCCCAAACCCUCCCCGUGGGAGACCGGCAGACUGGGCGCUGCCCCGCGCACGAGGGCGACCGCAGUGACCUCCACCUCAGCUGCUCGGGCUGCGACCUCUGCAGGAAGUCCUUCAGCUGCUCCGAGUGCGGCAAGAGGUUCGGGUUCCAGGGCCAGCUGAGGGCCCACAUGAGGGCUCACACAGGCGAGAAGCCCUUCCGGUGUCCCGUCUGCGGCAAGUGCUUCUCCUGGAGCGGCCGUCGGCAGAAACACAUGCGGAUCCACACCGGCGAGAAGCCCUUCACCUGCUCCGUCUGCGGCAAGACCUUCAGCGAGAGCGGCAACCUGAAGGUGCACCUGAGGAUCCACACCGGCGAGAAGCCCUUCACCUGCUCCGUCUGCGGCAAGAGCUACCGGCAGAAAGGGAGUCUGACACAACACCUGGAGGUCCACAGGGGACCCUGACCCCGUCCAGGUCCACACAGGACCCCGCUGACCCCGUCCAGGUCCACACAGGACCCCGCUGACCCCGUCCAGGUCCACACAGGACCCCGCUGACCCCGUCCAGGUCCAUACAGGACCCUGCUGACCCCGUCCAGGUCCAUACAGGACCCUGCUGACCCCGUCCAGGUCCACACAGGACCCCGCUGACCCCGUCCAGGUCCACACAGGACCCCGACCCCAUCCAGGUCCACACAGGACCCCGCUGACCCCGUCCAGGUCCACAGGGGACCCUGACCCCGUCCAGGUCCACUGACCACAGGUCUCCAAAAGACCAAUCCUGACUCAAAGUGAGCACCGAGUUCCCACAGCAAGGGGCGGGGCUUCAUCUUCUGGGUCCUUCAGUCUAUCUACUGUGUUUUCUAUUGGAGCUGAGAGAGCAGAGAGACAGCCGGCGUCAUGUCCGUCCAGUCCGUCCAGCCGAGGGACAUUCAGCAGAACACAGCCGUCAUGAGAGAAGGACCGGAACUGGGAGCUGAGGGAACCCCGUCAAACUCACCUGGGGACGGGCCGAGGGAACCCCGUCCCACAGCAGGACUACGCAGCCAGACUUUAGUUUAUUAUUACAAUGGAUUACAGGCAGAGGAGCUGUUGCCGUGGUAACCAGUGGUGUGUGUGUUUUCUCUGAAUGUUUGUGCUUCUGGUUUUGGAAUGGCAGAUUGAAAUAGUGAGUGUCCUUCAGAGAGUGGAAGGAGGCGUGGCCUGCCGCCGCCGCCACGUCAAGGCCCACGCAGAUGAAAUAAAGACGUAUGAG